AUGACAGCGAUAGUUGUGAAGCUGUUAGCUUGGAUCAAGGCGUGGGCGAUAACGCAUACGAGCGAUGAAGUCAGUAAGGUUCGCUACGACUCCGUCGAGCGCAGUCGAGGUUGGUUGAGGUUCGACUUCUCCGCGCGCCGGGUCCGUCUGAACGUUGCGGUUGUUCGCCACCGACUUAUGUCCCCCGACCAUGUACUUAGUUACUGCCCCAAUGUCUAA